AUGAGUGGUGUUCUCGAAAGCAAUGAAGAUAGCGAGGGUUCAAAUGUCAUUGAGGUUGUUAUUCCAAUGAGGGAAUUUCACAUUCCUCAGCCGUUAAUGGAUAUCAUCGUGAGUAAGGUUGGUGAAGAUGGUGUUGAUGCGUUGAAGAACUUGUUGCUCGCUGGGAGAGAGGGGAAGGAUGCUGUCUGCCACAAUAAACGCUGCAGGGGUUUGAUGAACCUGGAUGACAUGAAAAAGUGCGUGGUGCAGCCACGUUUUAAGCGGGAGAGAACUGGGAGGCCAAGGUGCCGUAUGUGCAACAAAGCUGGGCACAAGUGUAUGGAUUAA